UUUUUACAAAAUGUUAAGAGAUAAACCACGCUAGAUUAUUUCUGACGUCAUUAAUUCUUAAUAACGUCACCUCUAACAACACACAAAAAGGCAGACAUCGUGAGUUUGUAGUUUCUAAACUUAAAACUUACGUAUCUUCUGUGUGACAAAUCAUUUUAAUUAGCUGUUUACAUAAGGUAAAUACGGUAGGGCCUAUAUUCUUAGUAACUAUUAUAUUUAUAAAAUAGUCCCCAUUUAUUUACACUUAGGUAUUGUUUAAUUCAGUACAAGUUAGACGUUUUUGAAAUAAACAUAGUAUAGUAUGAGUGAUUCAGAUCUGAUUAGAGAUUAGUGCUGAACCUGAACUGUCACUUUACUGUAGUGUAGGCCUACUCUGUAUACUUUGAAUGAACUCACAACUGCCCCACUCCACUCGGUGAGUAGGCCUAUAAUAUCAUCAGGGCCCAGUGAACUUUUUCAGUGAGUUAAAAUAUGAUCAUUCAUUGAUGCACAUGGAAAUUUGAUAAUUUAAUUAUCAUUCAUUAUUCAUUGAUGCACAUGGCAUGGAAAUUUGAUAAUUUAAUGAUCAUUCUUUAAUGCCAUGCACGUGGAUUAUUAUUUUUAUUAAGACAAUUUUGUUCAUUUUUAUCCUACAUUUACAUGACUCAUAAAAAUAGCACAGCACAGUGCAGAAGAGCAUUCCUCAUCAACUGCAAUAUUAGAGACUCGGGGGGACUGAGUGGAAUGCUCACUAUAUAAUUUAGGUCAAGACUCUUAAAGAACUUAAAGAGACUUAGUGACUUUUAAAACCAAGCCCUUUCAGAUGAAAUAAAUAAUAAAUAUGUUGGGCAUCCUUAAUCUGGGCUAAAUAAUGCUAAUGUUAAAGUCAUUUUCAGAAUGUUUGAGACAUUACAGAACAUUUUAUAUAACCAAACUUGGUCCAUCUUGGGAAAUAAUUAGAAACAGCUACCCUUGAAUUUUUACAAUAGUUUACCCUGAAAAAGAAAAAAGACAACCUCAAAACUUCACAGCCCAGAUUUUUAAAAAAAAAGUAAUAUUUAAAUGGAUAUUAAUUUAUAGUUUUAUAUUAAUCCUCAUCUAGGAGUUCAUCAACCAUGGAUAGCCGCGUGAAUAUAACUCCUGAGGAGUACAAGGCCAUGGGUGACCAUGAAAAGGAUGGAGCUACCUCAGGGUCCCAAGAGCAGGAGUUUGUGCAAGACAUUGUGAAAAAUAAUCGUGUUGUGGUUUUCAGCAAAACACACUGCCCUCACUGUGAUGACUCAAAGAUGCUCUUGAACAACAUGGGAGUUGACUAUAAAACGGUGGAAUUGGAUCAGUUAAAGGAGGGAAGUCAAGUCCAGAAUGUGUUGGGCACAAUCACAGAUGCCAAAACUGUAAGUUUCAAGUAGCUGUAAUCAAUCUACUUGAUUUGAGCUCAGUUUUUUUUGGGGGGGUAAUAUUAUUUUUCUCCAGUUCUAUACUAUACAAAAACACACAGUUCUAUUGUUAUAAAGACCUGUGAUGUAGAAUUGGUUUAGUUAAUUAAAUCUUAGUUCAAACAUUAGACUUAACAUUUCCUCAAAUAAAAAAAACAUUAAUUUUAUUGAAAAAUAUCAGUCUUAAAAUAUGCAGAACAUUUAAUAUCCAUUUUCCAAAUAGCCAAGCCUAGUUAUGAAGUUUGGUGAUUUCUUUGUAAACCAUAUUGAGCCUUCUCAUAACUGAAAUGUCACUUUUUAUAUCACCUGUCUGCUCUUGAUUUGGAAUACUGUGUAUGCUUCAAGUUAGGACCAUUCUAAAACUAUUUGGUAAUAAAUAAUGAGUUAGGUCAGUGUUAGAUAUAAUCCAAACUCAUUAGUUGUAUGCACUAUGUAUUUUGAUUUUUUGGUGUCAUAAUGAAACGGUGAUUGGCUAUUUUGAAAUAAAUGAAAGUCAAAGUAAAAAGAAAUUUCUAUUUCUUUUUUUUUUCUUAGGUUCCUCGGAUAUUCAUUGAUGGCCAGUGUGUGGGUGGAAACAGUGAUUUGAAAAAUCUCAACAAAACAGGUGCACUCAAAACACUACUAAAUAAUUAGUGCAUUGGUUUACUGACAGAAGUUUACCAUGAUUCCCUGAAAACUAAAGGAUACCUCAUAGAGCUCACAAUAGUGUUUUAUUCACCAAAAAAAAAAUUAUAUUCUUUAUGACAUUCAUCUAUUACGCAUUAAAACUUAUUAAAGUACACAACUAUAGGAACACAACUAUAGGAACUAUUUAACAAUAACCUGCACCAAGAGUAAUGACACUUUAUUGCACAGUUUUAAGUAAGCAACUUAAGAAGUGUACAUUGGGCCAAUAUAAUUGAUACAAAAUAUUAGGGUAAUCUCAAGGAAACUGCCAGCUUAAACAGUGGCAUCCAGCAGAAAAGUACAACAGCCAUUCUAUGUAAGCUGUUAAAAAAACAAUAAACGAGCAGAUUUGACAAGCUUAUAUGUUUAUUGUUUUUUAUUUGUUGAUCCUUAUGAUAGAGGCUUGUUUAUAAGUUUGUGGUCCUCAUAAAACAUUAAAACUAUUAACGUUUCCAUUGUUUUUGUUAACUGAUAAAUGCGCAUCAACUGACUUCAAUGAUGAACAACAAAUAUAUAUUCUUUCUAAAAGAAGACCAAUUCCAUAUUAAUAAUAAUCACAUCUUAAAUUCACAUUUUAAUAAGUCAAUAAUAAUGAUGAAACCUUAUACAAGUGUGAUUUCCUACUAGCUUAUUUCCUCAGAAUUUAAUACAGAAAAAGUUAAAUAAUUAUUACUUAUUGUAUACCAGCUUCUUUGUAUUUGAAGUUAUGAAUGCAAAUAGUAAAUAAAGCAGAAC